CUUUACCACUGAUACUAGCUCCAUUAUUAUACCGAAUAACACUAAUAAUGAAAAAACUCCUAUACCCGAGGAAUCAGUAAUUCAAGGUUAUACUUCAUCUCCAAGAGUAGAUACUGAGAUUCCCAAGGUAAGUGACGAAAUCGAUAUUAGUAAAACUAACAACAAUAUACUCCAAGAAAUAUCGAAUAUAACUCUAUACCUUGCACACAUGAUAAUUGCUCUGAGAAAAAAAGAUUAUAUCCAAUGGUUUUAG